GCCGCCGGCUCUGCCCGUGCCCCAGCGCCAGGCACUUCCCUGCCAUUGAGGUGCAGCCCUCGCACUUGGCCGGGGAUAUUCCUUAUAGUUAUUCAUAUCCAGGACCCAGAGUAUAAUGGGGAGAAAACUGGACCUUUCUGGCUUGACUGAUGAAGAAGCAGAGCAUGUGCUCCAGGUGGUUCAGCGAGAUUUCAGCCUUCGUAAGAAAGAAGAAGAAAGGCUGAGUGAAAUGAAGCAGAAGUUGGAUGAAGAGGGUAACAAGUGCAGCAUCCUUUCCAAGCAGCAGAAGUUCAAUGAGCACUGCUGCAUUCGCUGCUGUUCCCCUUUCACAUUUCUUAUCAACAGCAAGCGACAGUGCCAAGACUGCAAGUACAACAUCUGCAAGAGUUGCAGCACUUACCAGAAGAAGGAGAAGGCUUGGAUUUGCAGUGUCUGUCAGCAAGCAAGGCUUCUAAGGACCCAGUCUCUGGAUUGGUACUAUAAUAAUGUCAAAAGCCGCUUUAAGUGUUUUGGAAGUGCCAAGGUCCUGAAGAACUUGUACAAGAAGCAUAGACUGGAGAGUGGACUUUGUCCUGAUGCAAUAGCAGAAGGAAGUUUGUAUGAAGGAAGCUUUGAGAAUGAAGGAAGCAUUUGUGGCAGUGACUCUACCUUCUACCAACAGACAGAAGGACACAGCAUGAUGGAUACCCUUGCUGUGGCCUUACGUGUUGCAGAGGAAGCAGUGGAAGAAGCUAUUUCUAAGGCAGAGACCUACAGUGACAGCCUGGACAAGCAGAAUGAAGCUUGUUACUUGCAGGAGCACAAGGAGGACCUCAUAGAAGAGCUGGCCACAACCAUUGUGCAGAAGAUUAUAAAGAAGCAGAAAAGCAAACCCGAGCAGGCCGAGGCUGACUUGGAAUGGCCUCCGUCGCGGAGCAGUGGCCUGGCGUCCGGCGCUGUGUCAGACCAGAGCAUGCUGACGUUCCCAGGGAGCCGCAGGGGGUCCUACACCUUGUGGAGGUCUCAGUCUGCAUUCUCCCUGGCUAGUGAAGAUUUGACCAGUAAAGGACAAGAUCCUGCAUCAUCUGUGACUGAGGCUCUUCGGAGGCAGCAAAAGGGACAGUCCAGGAAGCAGAAGGAACGCAAGCGCUCUGCUUUACCCAGCUGGAAGAGUGUAGACAGGCUAAAUGAAACAAGUCCGCCUCCUGUUUUCCAAAGCACCGAUGGAAACUGGGUGGCUUUGCAGAAUGUCGCUCUGCCUCGUCCUCGAAUGCUCGCCAAACCAAAGAGUCAGGUGUUCAGAGCUUUGGAGAACGAGUCCAGCAUUGUGUCUGCCUAUGACGAGAUGGGCUCGGACAGUGAGGAUGACUAUGACUGGAACGUGGCCUUGAACAAGCUGCGGCGGAGACCUCGACAAUUGCCAGACGACUUCUAUUACUCCAAUUCCCAGUAUGGCACCGAGUGGGCUUACGGCAAUGAUCAGUACCAGGCAGUGACCUCCCCCUCCUCUGGGUUAUACACCAACACUGAGACGCUGUUCUCCGAUUCGGAAACAUCUUCAGUAAACUCUUCCCAGGAAGCUAAAGGACCUAGCAAACUUCUCUGGUUGCAAAGCAGAACUCAAAGUGAUAUGCCCAGAAUGGAAAAGAAGCACUUCCAUGGAGAACUAGAUGUAAAUUUCAAUCCACAGGCAACUAGCUUGGAGUAUUCAGACAGCAGUGAGACUGAAGAAGUCCAUUAUGAUUUAGAAAAGAGAUCAAGAAGGUGGAAGAAGAACAAAGCCAUCUCUGAAGACUUGUGUGAAGAAAAGAAUCAGACAAAAGCCAGCAAGAAGAAUUUAAGUCAGGAUUUUGAUGAUUUAUCAGAAACUGAUAUAAGCAAUGAGGAUCAGCACCAUGAUGUCAAGCCUGAACUUAUGGAGGAUGAGCUUAAAUCCAGGUUAUUUCAGCUUGCUGCUAAAAUGAGUGACAAGGAAACAUCAUCUGGUGAAGAAAAAGAAUCAGAACCUGGAAUAGAUGUGGAAAACCAGAAGGAGAGUUUGUCCUCAGAGGAAAAUGGCAGAAGUAUUCAAGAAGAGUUAAAGAAGAAGUACUCUGCUGUCUCUCUCUGCAACAUAUCUACAGAAGUCCUGAAAGUCAUCAAUGCCACCGAAGAACUGAUAGCAGAAUCCACCAGUCCCUGUGAUUUCCCAGAUGACAUUCAGGACAGAGGAAGAGGAACCCUCCCGCUGGGCACAGAUCCCGUCAGACUUGACGAGCAGCUCACCACACUGGAAGAAAAUGUGUACCUGACAGCCAGCACGGUGUAUGGACUGGAGGGGCAGCUGACCAACCUGGAAGAUGCCGCACGCAAGAUCAACAGUGUCACUGAGGAAUCUGAGCUGGCUGAUCUGGAGGAUCAGGUGGCCACAGCAGCUGCCCAGGUUCAUCAUGCAGAGCUUCAGAUUUCAGAUAUUGAGAGCAGAAUAUCAGCUCUCACUGUUGCAGGCUUGAACGUGGCUCCCUGUGUUCGCCUGACAAGGAAACGGGAUCAAAAGCAAACAAACCAGAUGCAUACAAUAGACACAUCAAGACAGCAGAGGAGAAAACUUCCAGCUCCACCAAUAAAAGGUGAAAAAAUAGAUGGUUCUCCAGUUACUACUGUCAGAACGUUUAACAGAAACUUCAUGCUUCAAGGAUCUCUAACACAAAGAACUAAAGAAAGGAAAAGCACUGCCAAGGACUUAAUGGAACCUGCUGUAGGAUCUGCUGUGAUGUACUAAACUUACACUUCCCUACUGCCAAUAACACACUGCCUAAGGCUGUCCACUAGAGUGCCUUUUCUUAACAGCCAUUGUGUAUGUCCAGCUGAAAAUGGACCCUCAAGAACCCACAGAGCCUCAGCUAUAGGGCUUCAUUUGGAUACCUCACUGAGAAAGCUGUCCAAGUCUUCAGCAUUGUGGUCUGCUACAGGAAACUCUGCCUUAAAGUUCUUAGAGGACUCUAGACAGGAUGCUAUGUUUCAAAAGCAAGGCUCCACAUUUUAAGAUGCACUUUUUCUCCCUAUCGAUUGUAUUAAGUACGUCGUCUUUAAACUGCAGUAUGUUUUUGUACACUCAAUCAGUCAUAAUUAUAGGCCAAUUAAUCUGCCAAAGCAGACCUGUGAUCCAUAUUUGCUGGCCUCUUACUAUUCAUGUGGGCAUCUGUCUUGUCGAGCAAUAAGAACAACUCUUUGCAGUGUGUGCUGCUUUUCAGCUGCGUGGAGGGAGAGGAGAAUCUGUGUACAUCGCUCUGCUCCCAGUGAGUAAGUGGAAGUCUUGGGAGGAUUGGUAGGAGGAGGAAGACUUCUCUGUUCUCUGAGAGUACAUCUCGCAGAUUGAAUGUUCCAGCUCCAGAGGUAGGGAUAUUGCUCUAGGCAGCAGGGGUGUCAUGCUGAACCAGGAACUGGUGGCCACACAUGUGGACCAGGUAUCUGCUGAGUUAUGAUCCCAGUGUCUGGGAACACCUGAACACUGUUAGAGAGACCAACACCUCCAUAUGUCUUGUUCUUGGCAGCAUUGUCCACUUGGUGGUGGCCAACCAUGCUGUAGUUCAGAAUAAAUUCUGUCCAAACCUUUAAGAUUGGAAAAAGGUGGUUAAAGAGCUGGGGUUGAGCUCUCUGCUGACUGACUGGUGGUUGUGGGGUGGCUGCAGCUUGCAAGAGAUUCCUUUCUGAUGUUCACUGGUGUUUCUGAGGAGGCAAAUGUAGCCCAGACAUCAGUUCCUAUACUAGUCUGGAGCCACCAGAGAGUAGCUGGGGCCUGUUGCUGGUGCCACAUGCACCCCACUACUACUGGACCGCUCUGAAUUGGAUUGUGAAUUGUGAUAUUCCUUCUUUCAUUUCUUGAGACCCUUAACAGGUAAGUCAAACUAGAAGGCCCUUUGGCAGAUGCCCAGGAAGGAGGAUGCUGCUUACAGUCCUUCUUGCCCUUUUGCAGGAGAACAUUGCCAAUUUGUGAUUAUUUUUUGCUCUGAAGAAUACAAAGAAGGUAGUCAGAGGAGGUGAUAAGCCAGUGAAUCCCUUACCUUUCACACCAGUUGCAGAGCAGGUACCCAAGUGCAGAUAGAGUUGAUGUGAAAUGUGCUAAGAGGGAAGGCAUGAGCUGGCAAAGUUUCCCUCAGCAUUAAGGAGUGGUGAGCUCUCCCAAGAGCUGUGGGUACCAGGAAGGAGGAGAGCUCUUUUGUUCUCUGGGCCCCCAGUGAACACCCACUAGCAGAGUGCCACCUGUUACCUGCCAUGCAGCAGGGAAGCAGUUCCCUGGGACACCAAGCUGUGUAAUGUCUGUAGUUGUGAAAAUAGAAGCAAAACUGGGAAAAUUUCCUGACUAGGUUGGAUAUAGGGGAGUGAGUGGGGAAGACAAGGAAUGGCUGGAUGAGUUGAUUGGAAAAACAGUGCCAGUUGCAAAUCUGCCAUCCACAUUUGGCAUCUAGCUUGUCAGUACUCUGAUGUCCAGCUGCAUGUGAGGAACCUUGGAAUAAAUACAUCCAUCUUCCCACUUAAAAUACGUAAGUGUCAUUCCAUCCCUUCAGGGAAUUUCCAUCUGCCCAAGAUCUGACCCAAUGUGUUUGUUCUGGGUGAAAUUAGGCCUUCUUUUACUCUCACACAAUACUAGUUCUCUGAAAUUGGUUUGCACAGAUGUGAGGGAAGAAUUUGGCCCACUCUGUUUAAUAUAUAAAUAUAUAUAUAAAACAAAUAGAUUUUAUUUAUAUAUGCAAUCCAGUAAAGGAGAUUAAACAGAGUAGGACGCCUAGUAAUUUUUUUGUUAUUCAAUCUCCUCCUCCAUUCACUGUUCUCGUGUAUGUAUACAAUACAUUCCCAGGUUCUGGUUUAUGCAGGUAUGCGUGAUAUGAAAUGUCAUUAAUGGUGG